CGUCAGAAAUCCCUUCGGUUUCUCUCGCUUUCCUUCGAACGUCUCGUACUGUUGAGAAAUACAGGAGGAGAAGGAGCUGUCAAACUUACAAGUAAAGAUAAGUCCUUCAGUUGACGCCACCUCACAGUUUUAAUGUAAAGUUAGUUGGAUUUUAUGCAUAAUUAGUAUGGACUGACACGUUUUCAUGCAUUCGUAUUCGAGUUUAACAAAUACCAUGGCUACACUGUUUCAAAUCUGGAUCAUUUUCACCUCUUUGGUCUCCUAUGCGUUGCCGGAAAAGAAAGUGUGCCAGGGUGUCACUAACCGGUUCAGCCUGCUUGGGUCAAAAGAGGACCACUACCUGAACAUGGUCAAGACCUACAGCAACUGCACCGUGGUCCUGGAGAACCUGGAGGUCACAUACAUGGAGGACGACCAUGAUCUGUCUUUCCUCAGGUCCAUCCAGGAGGUGGGUGGCUACGUUCUGAUCGCCCUCAACACAGCCAACAGGAUUCCCCUGGACAACCUGCGCAUCAUCCGAGGCCACACUCUCUAUGACAGUGGCUUUGCCCUGGCUGUGGUGCUGAACUAUAACAAGUCCAUGCGAGCAGGCACCACUGAGCUGCCUCUGACCAGCCUCACAGAGAUCCUGAAAGGAGGAGUGAAGUUCUCAGACAACCAGCUGUGUAACGUGGAGACCAUCCAGUGGUUGGACAUUGUAAACAGUAACAGCAAACCCAACAUGCAGUUACCUGAACCCAGCAACAAUCGGCUCUGUAAAAGAUGUGAUCCUGGAUGCUUCAAUGGUUCCUGUUGGGCGCCUGGCCCAGAACACUGCCAGACGUUGACAAAGCUGAACUGUGCCCAGCAGUGCUCUAAGAGGUGUAAGGGUCCGUCCCCCAUCGACUGCUGCAACGAACACUGUGCUGCAGGCUGCACUGGACCCAGACCUACAGACUGUCUGGCCUGCCGUGACUUUCAGGAUGAUGGGAUGUGUAAAGACUCGUGUCCCCGCCUCCUGCUCUACGACCGCAACCUUCACCAAUUGGUCAACAACCCAGACGGGAAGUACAACUUUGGGGCCACCUGCGUCAAGACUUGUCCUCAUAACUAUGUGGUGACGGACCAUGGAGCGUGCGUUCGGACAUGCAGUGGUGACACAUACGAGGUGGACGAGGGAGGGGUCAGGAAGUGCAAGAAGUGUGAUGGACUGUGCCCCAAAGUUUGCAAUGGACUUGGAAUGGGAACACUUUCCAAUAUUCUGUCAAUUAAUGCCACCAACAUUGACACAUUUAAAAACUGUACCAAAAUCAAUGGGAACAUUGCUAUUAUCUACACAUCUAUCCAUGGGGACACGUUCACCAAAGCACCUAAGAUGGAUCCGGCCAAGCUAGAAGUUUUCAAGACAGUUAGAGAAAUUACCGGGUACUUGCUGAUUCAGAACUGGCCUGAGAACAUGACGUCCCUCAGUCCAUUUGAGAACCUGGAGAUCAUCCGUGGACGGACCAAGCGUGUUCUGUUGAGCUUGGCCAUAACCCAGUUAACCAUCACCCACCUGGGGCUGCGUAACCUGAAGGAGAUCAGUGACGGAGACGUGGUCAUUGCAAAAAACCCCAACCUCUGCUACACCAAGAAUCACCACUGGAAGCAGUUGUUCAAGUCCAACACUCAGACCGCCCGGCUGGAGAACAACGCCGACGCAGCCGACUGCGGGAUGCAGAACAGCACGUGUGACAGGAUGUGUACCAGAGAUGGCUGCUGGGGUCCUGGACCCACCAUGUGUUUCGCCUGUCAGGACUACAGCCGAGCAGGAAGCUGUGUCGACUCCUGCAACCUACUGGAGGGGGAGCCACGGGAGACUGAAGUGAAUAAGACGUGUGUGGAGUGUCACCUUGAGUGUCAGCUCCUCAACGGAACCCAGACCUGCUCUGGACCAGGUCAUGAGCAGUGUACCCGGUGUGCCAACUUCAAAGAUGGAGAGAACUGUGUCCCGUGGUGCCCUAGAGGGGUGGCUGGGGGCAAGAACACCUUCAUCUGGAAAUACGCAGAUAAGAUGAAGGUGUGCCAGCUGUGCCACCAGAACUGUACCGAGGGAUGUACUGGUCCUGGUCUGAAAGGCUGUCAGUCUAAAGGUAACUCUGGCCUGUCAGUGAUUGCAGCUGGUGUGGUGGGCGGGAUGCUGGCCUUUCUCAUCAUGGGCCUGUCCGUCUUCGUGUUGCUACGACGACGCCACAUCAAGAAGAAGAGGACCCUGCGAAGACUCCUCCAGGAGAGAGAGUUAGUUGAACCGCUGACCCCCAGUGGGGAGGCGCCCAACCAGGCUCUGCUCCGUAUCCUGAAGGAGACCGAGUUUAAGAAGAUCAAAGUUUUGGGAUCAGGGGCCUUUGGCACUGUCUACAAGGGUCUGUGGGUCCCUGAAGGAGAGGAUGUGAAGAUCUCUGUGGCCAUCAAGGUUUUAAGAGAGGCCACAUCACCUAAAGCCAACAAGGAGAUCUUGGACGAGGCCUAUGUGAUGGCCGGUGUGGACCACCCCCAUGUUUGUCGUCUGCUGGGCAUCUGCCUGACCUCUACAGUCCAGCUGGUCACCCAGCUCAUGCCCUAUGGCUGUCUGCUGGACUAUAUCAAGGAGAACAAGGACAACAUCGGGUCCCAGUACCUUCUCAACUGGUGUGUACAGAUAGCCAAGGGAAUGAGCUACCUGGAGGAGCAUCACCUGGUGCAUCGUGACCUGGCAGCGAGGAACGUCCUGGUGAAGACCCCUCAGCAUGUCAAGAUCACUGAUUUCGGCCUGGCCAAACUCCUCAACUCUGACGAGAAGGAGUACCACGCAGACGGAGGAAAGGUACCAAUCAAAUGGAUGGCACUGGAGUCCAUCCUCUACCGGACAUAUACACAUCAAAGUGACGUGUGGAGCUAUGGUGUGACCGCGUGGGAGCUGAUGACGUUUGGGACCAAGCCCUAUGACGGCAUCCCAGCCAGUGAGGUAGCAGGGGUGCUGGAGAAAGGCGAGCGGCUCCCCCAGCCUCCCAUCUGUACCAUAGACGUCUACAUGAUCAUGGUCAAAUGUUGGAUGAUCGACGCAGACAGCAGACCUCGUUUCCGGGAGCUGAUAGCUGAGUUUUCCAAGAUGGCGCGGGAUCCCCCACGUUACCUUGUCAUCCAGGGUGACGACCGGAUGCACCUCCCCAGCCCCACUGACACCAAGUACUACCACAGUCUGAUCAGUGGAGAGGACAUGGAAGAUGCUGUGGACGCAGACGAGUACCUAGUUCCUCAGCACGGCUUCUUCAGUAGCUCCAGUACCUCCCGCACCCAGCUCCUACACUCUACGAGCCAGAACAGCACGUUGAACAGCAGCAUUGGAAUGUGCCACAGCAGAAAUGGGAACGGGUUCCCAGUCAGAGAAGGAAGCAUGGUUCUCCGGUACAUUGCCGACCCCACAGAUAGGUUCUUGGACCACGCCUUCCAGCCAUCUCCAGACUACAUUAACCAGAACGGCGUUUCGGACAUGAUGAACCCUGUAUACCAGCACCCUGGUCCCCCUCGCACCCUCCUCCCCACCAUAUCCUCAGACGACACAGAGGCAGAGUACCUGAACUGCUAUAAGAACGGGGCAGUGGGGCCUGAGUACCUCAACACCCUCCAGCCUUCCCUCCUCUCCCCCACCACCUCCAAUGGCAUCUCCAAUGGCCUCAACCACACUGCUAACGGCCAUUCCCCCAUAUCCAAUGGUCUCCUCUCCCCCACCUCCAAUGGCCUCUCCCCAAUUUCCAAUGGUGGUCUCCACCACGUCCAGAAAAACCAGCCCCAAAACAGUAUAGAUAACCCAGACUACCAGCAGGACUUCACCCCCUCCAUCAAGACCCACAUCCCAGCCGCAGAGAACGCAGAGUACGUGGGCCCAAACUGAGUUCUGUUACCCCCCUACUCCCACUGUGGAGGGAACAAGACACCAGGGAAUAAGGCUCUCUAUCCUACUGAGAGAAGACAUGAGGUCUUUGUUGAGGAGGGGUAGCGGUAUCAUGGAUUGUAUUGUACUUUGCAUUGUAUUUAUCCCUGCCUAAAGAAGCCAGAAGUGAGAUAAGUGCAGCUUUCCAUUUUGUUUCACCAGUUGUAGUAUUGUAUAGUACUAUGAAACUCCUCAUUCCAAAACCUCUUCCAUUUCAAACUGUGUCUGAACAGAUAGAGAUGUGAUAGGAAUUAGGCUCUGGGUCUGGGUGUAUUCCACUCCAUUGUGUUCAAAAGACCAAGAGAAAACCUUAGGCCUAUAAGAUACUGUAGCCCCUAUCAGAAACCCAUAAGAGAUGUCAUGUUGCACAAUGAAAAGUUGUGAUCAGAAUGUAUAAGUGGAGAAACACUAUUACUAGACUAGAGUGUAACCUUCAAACCUUGAUGUCAGAUGCUCCAGAAAUACUAUUAUAUGUGGCAGCUCACCCUUUUCUUGCCAACACAAACAGUACUUAAAGAUGUCACUCAUACUGGAUUGGUGUAUUGAGUAUAUAGUAUUAUUGGGUAUUUACCUUCCACUGCUUAAGGGCUUGAAACUGUUAGAACAACAGUUAGAUGUCUCGGCUCUUCUGUGUGUGGAACCUGCAGUUUGAGACCCACUGGAGUCAAAUGUUGCCGAACGUUGUUGGUGUCAGAAGUGGGAAGGAGGAGGCUCUCAUCACUGAUGGUGGCUGGACCAUGGAGUUCAUUGAUAAACUUCUGAAUCAUGAUGGCACUCUUUCUGAAGGAGGGUUUCAUGAGGACACAACAAUGUCAAAUGUUGCUGUUGAUGACUGCUGAAGGCUCUAUAGCAGGGGUAUUCAAAUCGUACACUAUGAGGUCAGGAACCUGCUAGUUUUCUGUUCUACCUGAUAAUUCAUUGCAUCCACCUGGUGUCCCUGGUCUAAAUCAGUCUCUGAUUAGAGGGGAAUAAUGAAAAAUUGCAGUGAAACUGGCUUUGAGGUCCAGCUUUUAAUUUGAGGGCUCUAUAGCCUUUAUUAUAUGGCCAGAAGGGAGACACACUGACCCCUGUUGGUGCCCCAGUGUAAAAGUAUCAAUAUUAGUAUAUCUCUGUUGUUGCUUAUUGUCUUGAACAGUUGGGUCUUUAGUUCUGACACUACAUCUGUAAAUCUUCUAACCGUUUUGAAGGAAUAUAUGAAUUAGUUACUUGACAUUUGAGAGCCUGCUGUUUGACAGAGGUACAUAUACAGAUCAUUUGUAUUUUACUAGGACAAAUACUUAUUUACAAUGACAGCCUACCCCGGCCAAACCCUAACAGCACUGGGCCAAUUGUGCGCCGCCCUAUGGGACUCCCGAUCACAGCCGGUUGUGAUAUAGCCUGGAACUGAAUCAGGUCUGUAGUGACGCCUCUAACAUACCUUAGACCGCUGUGCCAAUCCGGAGCCCCAAGAUAAGUGUGAGAUUAUACGGUGUACAAUAUACUCAAUAUGGUCACCUAUAAAUUAUCCUAUCAACGUUCCUCAUCUAAAUGGUCUUGUCCCUUUAUAUAUAAAUAUACACUUAUUAAUGAACUAAUUAUUUCAUUUCAAAGUGAAAAUGAAUAAACCGUUCUUUUCUUUAAAGACAUUUACACUGUUCAACAGCAAAUCUGAGUGUGUUUUUCAACUUGUUUUAUUAAGAUGAACAUAAGAUUAAAGGAUCUCUUGUUAAAAAACAA